UCGAAGUUAUGGAGGAGCGUGCGAGCGACGACAUUCAAGCUUCCUCGUCUUCCUCAUGGCUGCUUGCGCUGAUGGGUGUGACGAACUUCUUCAAGUGUUGCCCGACCCAUCCAGAGGUCGGUCCGGGUACUCGAAAGCUCGCCUCGUUUUGCCGUGCCUGCGAGAAAGCCCUUUGCAAGGAGUGCGACCAGCGCGAUCACAAGGCCUGCAAGCCAAACAUCCUGCAGAUCCUCAGCGCGUCCAGGUUUGCGGCGUUGAAGGUCGACGACAUCGCGCCCCUGAUCGACACCUCCGGCCUGGAGACGUUCAAGAUCAACGGCAACUACAUCCACUUCCUGCACGGGAGGCCGCGAAAUGCAACCUUGGCAAACAAGAACCAGUGCCGCCAUUGCAAUAGGGUGCUCCUCACCACGGUCUCGCUCUACUGCUCGAUCCAGUGUAAGUAUCGCUGCAAUGCCGAUCUCGCGCCGAGACCGCUGGCUCGGCCAGUCCAGCCCGAAGAUUUUCAAGCCAGGGCUGCUCGCGUGGUCCGACACCGGGAGCCGCAAGACCAUCGUAACUUUGUGGAGAAUCGAGAAGCCCUUAAGGUCGAGGUUGAUCAACAAACGCUAGAAAUGGCCAACGUACUCGAGGCCAUCUUGGUCAAGGUGCCAAAGCGCAAGAGGGUGUCUGACGCUAAUCAAAGGGUGACUAUGAGGUACUUGCAAUCGAAGUACGCAAGAAAGGAACCAAUCACUAUGGUUACAGCAUAUGAUUAUCCUAGUGCAGUUCACGUAAAUCAAGCAGGCAUAGAUAUGUGUUUAGUUGGGGAUUCUGCAGGAAUGGUUGUCCAUGGCUAUGAUACAACACUACCAGUAACCAUGACAGAGAUGCUGUCACACUGUAAGGCUGUUAAACGAGGAGCCAACAAAUCUUUCCUUGUUGGGGAUCUUCCUUUUGGGAGCUACGAACAGGCACCCCAGCAGGCCGUAGAAAGCGCAGUGAGCCUUGUCAAGGAAGGAGGAAUGGAUGCAAUUAAGCUAGAGGGUGGUAAUGCAUCUCGAAUCACGGCAGUGAAGGCAAUUCACGAUGCUGGAAUUGCUGUCAUAGGACACAUUGGUCUCACUCCACAGUCAAUCGGUGUUCUUGGUGGCUUCCGACCACAAGGGCUGACUUCUGAAGAUGCUACGAAGUUGCUGGAGCAAGCAUUACUCUUGGAAGCUGCUGGGUGCUUCGCUAUUGUUCUCGAGUGUGUACCUUCGCCCGUUGGCGCUGCGAUAACUUCAUCACUGAAAAUACCAACAAUUGGAAUAGGAGCCGGACCCUUUUGCAGUGGCCAGGUCCUAGUUUAUCACGAUCUUCUAGGAAUGAUGCAUCCUCAGCACACAAAGGUUGCACCCAAGUUUUGUAAACAAUUUGCAAAAGUGGGAGAUGUUAUUCAAGAAGGCCUGGCCAAAUAUCGCGCAGAGGUCUCUAGCGGUGCUUUUCCUUGUCAUGCAUACUCUCCAUACCGAAUCAAUCCUGGCUAA